UUUGUGUCAGCCAACGCCGACAUUAAUAUUUGUCCGCUUCAAUGUUUUGUGUGAAAAUUCAAUAAUUUUUUUACUUUUCUAUUGAAUAAAAGUGCAAAUGAUUUUUUGUUUAAAACAAGUUAAUAAUCGACUAAAUGUGAAAUAAUCUAUUGUCUAAAAAUUUUAACAGUAUAUUAAUUAAACACAAUGAAAAUGUCUAAAGUGAAAGAAAGUAAAAAAACGAAAACUACAAACGGUACGAUACCGAAAAAAUCUGGGGGCGGUAUAAAGGAAAAUUCAGUUGUAGUGGCAGACAACAACCAAAAGACGACCACAACAGAAAAUUACUGUGAAAAAAAUGAUAAAAUUUUAAAUUCUCCCUAUAUACAGGAGCAGGAGGAAGACGACGAUGACGAGACUGAAGAUCAGUUUCAUUCAGCUCCAACUACUCCGACCAAAUCAAAUUAUGGCUCAUUAACAAAGAAAGACCUGUGUGGUGGACAAGAGUUGCCAUUGCACAAGUGUAUAUUUCUCAAUGACCGUGAAGCAUUAAAGGGUUUGUUGGAAAAGAAGACAGAGAAUCUAUCACAAAAAGACAAACAUGGUAAUACACCGCUACACUUGGCUGUAAUGUUGGGACGCAAAGAGUGUAUAGAUUUACUUUUGGCCCAUAAUGCCAUUGUAAAAAUUAAAAACAAUGAAGGCUGGACGGUAUUGGCGGAAGCCAUUUCAUAUGGCGAUCGCGAUACCAUUUCAUCAUUGCUCAAGAAAUUACGCCAGCAAUCGCGGGCACAUUUAGAAUCCAGAAGAUCCGCCAUGAUUAAGGGCCUCAAACAGAUACAAGAUUUCUAUAUGGAAUUAAAAUGGGAUUUUACUUCUUGGGUGCCUCUAGUCUCACGUAUGUUACCCUCCGAUGUUUGCCGUAUACACAAAUGUGGCUCAUCCCUACGCUUGGAUACCACCUUAGUAGAUUUUAACGAUAUGCGUUGGGAAAGGGGUGAUACCUCAUUUAUAUUUCGCGGCGAUCAACCCAUGCAUCAUUCCAUUACUGUGCUAGAUAAUGAGUAUCAAUGUUAUAAACACAUACACUAUGAAGACUCGGAUAUUGAUGAUGAGGUGGACAUAUUGAUGUCGAGCGAUAUUUUAGCAGCCCAUAUGUCGACUAAAAGUAUACAAUUUGCUCGUGCCCAGUCAGGUUGGAUAUUUCGUGAGGAUCGCAAGGAAGUGGUGGGCGGUCAAUAUCAAUCCGAACUGUAUGCUAUACAUGGAUUGGUACUAAAGCAACGGAAACGACGGGAACAUUUGUCCCAAGACGACAUACAAAAGAAUAAGGCCAUGUUGGCAACCAUGUCACAAGGCCGCCGCUCUAGCCUCACCAACAGCAACAGUAACUCCACAGAUGCUGGCUCAACAAAUGUUUCUAUAGAAAUAACUAGACGUUCUUCUCUUCCUCCGCCACCAAAACCCUCCAUUACUUGGGAACAAUACAUUAAUGCGGAGACUGGUAAAUGUCCCCCACUGGGCCGUACACCCGUCCAUAAACAAUCGAACAAAUCUUUAAAAGCCACCGUUGCCAUGAGUAAAGAAUUUCCUCUCAGUGUUGACAUGUUGCUGAAUAUUUUGGAAGUCAUAGGACCCUUUAAACACAUCAGUAAAUUACGUGAAUUUGUUGCUCUAAAACUGCCCCCUGGUUUUCCGGUCAAAGUUGAAAUUCCGGUUUUACACACCGUUACCGCUAAGAUAACAUUUCAAAAAUUUGAAUUUCGCGACAAUAUUUCACCGUCGCUCUUCGAAAUACCCAAACAUUAUGUCGAAGAUUCUAGUCGUUUUCCGGACUUAUGACCUGGUGAACAAGAACAACAACAACAGCAGCAGCAACAGCAAGCGGAUGUAAAUCGCAAUUCAAAUAAAAAUGGAAAAUUUUAAAGACAAUCCCCAGGAAAUUAAGAAAAUACAGUAAAAAAGGAAAAAGAUGAAUUUUUCUUUUUUAGGAUACAUGGAUAAAAAAACAAUAAUUAUCAACAACAUGGAAGCAUUUCUUUUUUGGAAAAUAAAUUUUACUUUAUAAAAACUACCUAAUUAAUGUUACGUAUCAUAUCUCUCUCUCUCUCUCUGAUCUUCUUACUAUUUAUUAUAUCUUUUGUAAUUCAUGUGUAUUUUGUUUUUUAACUUUAUAAAUACUUUUUUAUCACCAAAACAUUUUAAUAUUUAUAAUUAUAAUAACCUCAUAACAUUUGUCUAAACAUUAAUUAUGUUAUAAGUCACAAGAGAAAGGAAUUCCUACACUUACGAGUAUUUAUAAAAAAAAACAAAUGCAACUUAUACACUCUACAUGCAUAGUUAUAUGAUGAAACUUAUUUAUUAUUUAAGUAUAAGUUAAAUGUUAUGCAAACUGAAUAAUUUAUCUACUUAAGGUUAAUAAGGGGAAGUUAUCCUAUAAAUUGCUUCAAUAAACUUUUGUUAAAUUGUUUUUCAGUUAUGGCAUAUUCCCAGAGAAUGUAGCGAGAGAUAAUUGGUAAAUGUUAGUGGAUUAUCUUAAUUUAUCUAUUUUAUUAUUUUUUAUUAUUUGUUAAUAAUGUUUAGCUUUAAAUAAUUUCAUAAGUACAGUUAGAUCUAUUUUAACCCUUAUCCUGUAUUUCAAAAUACAAUGCAUUCUGUCUUCCACAUGAAAAAAACACUAAGAAAACUAAGUCUUAUUUUGGAGCAUUCAAAUCCUAUAAUAUAUUUUGAGCUAAAGACUCAAAUUCAUUUUGCAUGUAGAAACACAUAUUUUAAAGAAAAUUUAAUUUUGUUUUCUGAAAAAAAACAAGUUUAUUUUUUAUGAAAAAUAGAUUUCUAGUGAAAAACUAAAUUUCUUGUGGAAUCACUGAUUGUUUUGCUGAUAAACCCUAUUUCCGAAAAAUAUAUUUUCUCCUAAAAUUCGAGCGUUUUAAAAUCUAUACAAUUCCUCGUUUAUGAAAUAAUUUUGAAAAAAUUUCAAGGGAAAAGUUAUUUAAAUGAAGCGGGGGCUUAGUAAUUCUUCUACCAAUGGCAGGUCUUUAGGCAAAGAAAUUUUAUAUUGUUAGGAUAUUCUAUAGCGUCAUUUGGGUUCAAAUAUUGAUCUCAUUUUAUAACACGAAAAAUAUAUCUCUAUUUUAUAUUGUUACAACAGUUUUGUUCAUAUGCUUUCUGGUGAAAGUAAAUCAAGUUGUUAAAGCUAUCAGUAUGAGAUAGUUCUAUAGUGAAGGUACAUAUUGGAUAACUGUAAUAAUAAGAAAUAUCAAUUACUUCUGAUUUAUUCUUCAACAUGUAAACUAUAUUUGGAAGUUUACGUAAACAUAACUUGGAUUUAAUUUAUAACAUAUCAUUUUAAUGAAUUAAAUAUAAAGCAUAAAUAUAAAUUGCUAUCCCCACUUUGCCCUUCUGCCUUUUUAAAGUAUUUUGAAGUCUGAUUUUUUUUAAGUGUUUAACAGUAUCAUACCAAUGAAAUUUAAACAAAAACUAUAUUAUUGUCAAUUAGAAAAUUUGUUCUAAACAUAAACCUAACAUCGCCUAACGUUUUACCUUAACAUAAUAAUUCAUAUUAACUGUUUUUCAUUAUUUUAUAAACAAAAGUUUCAAAAUUGUUUAGUAAACUUAAGUAUGAACUUUGUUAAAAAAACUAAAAUUAAAACAAAACUAAUUGCGAGUGUAUGUUAUAGUUAAAAGAAAAAUCAAUUUCAUUGUAGUACAUUUAAUAAUGUUAAUUUGUAUUAUCAUUAAAUUAAAGUUUAUAUUGUGUGUAUAAGUGUGUACUUAAAUUUAAUAUUGUUAUUUAUUAUUUUUAAUUAAUUUUAUGUAUUUGUAAUAUUAUUUGAGUUUUCUAUAUAUUUUAUUUUGCUGUGAUUUUAAAUUGUUUUAAACCAUACUUAUUGGAUGGAAGGAAAUAAAUACUAGUAUGUAUAAUAAAAAAUAUUUUGUUUUAUUAUAAAAAACAUCCUAAAAUUAACUUGCUGCCAUAAUGAAAUCAUCUUUAAAUUAUUUAAAAUUUUUUCAACCUAAACAUUUUUAAUUUAUUUCAUUUUUAUUUUUAAGUUUUAGCUUAAAUUAAGAAAAAAAAACUAUAUUUCAAAUUUAAAAGAAAAAAAUAUUAAAUAAUUUUAAUGUUUUAGUAUAAAUUUAAAUCACAAUUUAAAAAAAAAGAAAAUUUAAUGCUUGUAUUUAAGAUAUAUUUAUAAUAAUUGUAUGUUUUCACCAAAAAUAAAAGAAGAAUAAAUAACUAUUU